AAAGAAAACGAAAAACGAAAAACGAAAAACCCCAAUUGCAUAAACCCUAGAAAGACACAUUAGCAGCGAAGAAACAAAGCAAAAGAAAAAAAAUGAGACCUUUGGACGAGCAAGAAACGAGCGUCGUCUUCGAGAAGCUCUUCAAAUUCGUCGGAAACAACCUCAAAAACCUUGUCGAGAAUCCCUCACACGAAGGUCCCGAUUCAAACCCUGGUCGCUACUGCUUCCGUCUCCACAAAAACAAAAUCUUCUACUGCAGCGAAUCCCUCGUUAAACGAGCAACUAACUUCGCAAGACCCAAUAUCGUUUCACUCGGAACCUGCAUCGGAAAAUACACACACGGUGGAAACUUCCAUCUCACGGUUCAAGCACUCAACUUGCUUGCCGCGAAUGCGAAACACAAGGUAUGGCUUAAACCCACUUCGGAGAUGUCGUUUUUGUAUGGUAACCAUGUGUUGAAAAGUGCGUUGGGUAGAAUCACUGAAAACAUUGCUCCUGGUGAUGGCGUUGUCGUUUUUUCUAUGUCUGAUGUGCCUUUGGGUUUUGGGGUAGCUGCUAAAUCUACACAGGAUUGUAGGAAGUUGGAUCCCAAUGGUAUUGUUGUGCUGCAUCAGGGUGAUAUUGGAGAGUAUUUGAGGAUGGAGGAUGAGCUCUGAAACAUUUAAAUUUUCGAUUUUUACGAAAUUUGACUUCUGGGUCAUCGUUGUAUUGGUGUAUCUUUUUCUUUAUGUUAGUGGGUCUUUUGUUUUUUGAUCUGGAUCAGUGUAAAAUUGAUUCUCAGAUAUUUUGGAAUCUCAUUAAAUUUUGUCUAAGUAUUAUAGUGAGUAUGGUUAUAUUUUCAUCCAGUCAAUUGCAUUAUUUAAUUUUGGUUA